UUAGCGCGCCGGGACCCCCAGCGUCCCCUCAGUCCGCUUUGGUCUCGCUCAGGGGUGGCCCCGGCCGUCCCUCGUUUCCGGUCAGUUCUGCCUCGUCCUCCCGGGAAGGCGCGUCCUGGCGCCAAGACUCUGCCCGCCCGGGCCGGGAGGGGUCCGCCUGAUCCACCUCAGCCUCUGCCGCUGUGCCCCGUCCGCCGGAGGGGGUCCGGGCGUCGGGGACCGAGCUCGGCUGCCUCGCACCGUCUCUUCCAGGCGUCCGCAGCUCAGCUCGGAAGUCCAGGGCGGUCGGGGUCACCUCACUGCCGGCUCCCCGCCUCGGGCUUACACACCCCCGCAGCGCAGACGAGGCUUCUCUGCAGUUUGAAUCCUUGGGAUCUCCUUCUUAGCUGAGUGAGAGCACAUCUCCCAGUAGCUGACAAACGUGAUGUUUUACCGGUUGCUUUCGGUGGUCCCAAGACAAAGAACCAGCAGAGGAUGGCAGAAGUGGUCCUCAGCCAGAAGUGGUGCGUCAGCUGCCAAGGCUCAUUCUGUCGCCCUGCCUGCCCAGGCACAGGUGGUCAUCUGUGGUGGUGGAAUUAUGGGCACAUCUGUGGCCUAUCACCUCUCUAAGAUGGGGUGGAAGGAUAUUGUCCUUUUGGAGCAGGGCAGGCUGGCUGCUGGCUCUACGAGGUUUUGUGCUGGCAUCCUAAGUACUGCCAGGCACUUGGCCAUUGAGCAGAAGAUGGCAGACUAUUCAAACAAACUCUACCAUCAGUUAGAACAAGAAACUGGGAUCCAAACAGGUUACAUAAGGACAGGCUCAAUCUUUCUGGCCCAAACUCAGGACCGGCUGAUCUCUCUGAAGCGCAUCAACUCAAGGCUGAAUGUUAUAGGCAUCCCUUCUGAGAUCAUCUCCCUUCAAGAUAAUGACUGGAAACUAUACUGAAGAGUUAGUUUGCUGGGCUUCUUCCUUUCUUCGAUUACUUGUUAAUGCGGUAUGUAAUAUAUUUAAUCUGGUAUGGUAAUAAUCAGGUUCAUGUAAUUUGAGAGUUGUCUCCUUCAAAGUAAUCACCAUAGGUGGCUCUCCUCAUAUUCCAGAAAUGUCUUUGUGUAGUAUGUUUUUGGAACUCUUUUGGAGUUAGUCAUCGAGCCUGUGGGAUGUUUUUUAUACUCCUUGUCAUAACAAAUGUUGGUUACUCGUAGAACUGGAAAUAAAAGGAGUAGGUCUGGGGCCCCCUGGCUUAGCGGUUAAGUGCGCACGCUCCGCUGCUGGCAGCCUGGGUUUGGAUCCCAGGCGCGCACCGACGCACCACUUCUCCAGCCAUGCUGAGGCUGCGUCCCACAUACAGCAACUGGAAGGAUGUGCAACUAUGACAUACAACUAUCUGCUGGGGCUGUGGGGAAAAAAAGGAGGAGGAUUGGCAAUAGAUGUUAGCUCAGAACCGGUGUUCCUCGGCAAAAAGAGGAGGAUUAGCACAGAUGUUAGCUCAGGGCUGAUCUUCCUCACGAGAGAAAAAAAAAAAAAAAGGAGUAGAUCUGGAAGAAGAGAUGAGAUUGUUGUAGACAUAUUAGCCUUCCUAUAGAUUCCCAGAUGAGUUACUCAAAAAAUAUUUGGGUAAACAGCAUCAAGUCCAGUGACUAAAUUUGUGGAUGGAAGCUGAGCACAGUAAAGGAUCACUGGCUGCUUCUCUCAGAUAAUAUUCUUCUCUUCCUGUUAUUGUGAGCAAGAAUGCACACAUCCUGUUUUCCAUACAGACAUGGGCGAUACGUCAAGUGCCACGUUCCUCCGAUGAAGUCAUUUGUAAGGCAGGAUGGCAGAUUCAGUGACAGGGAUAGUGACUGCAGGAGGAAGAUGGGAGGCUUUCUCUCUCAGCCAUGCCCCCACUGCACGCAGGGUAACAUAAAUAGCCUGUCUCUUCUUUACCUCGGUUUCCAAAUUUUUACUCUUUGGUAACCCUGGUAUAAAUGGUUUUAUGCAUGUUUAUCUUUUGAGAUAGCAAGUACAUAUAUCAGGUUACUUCAAAUGAAGAACACUUCACAAGUAGACACAGCAAGAGUUAUUAAAAUGUCUGUUUAUUCCUUUACAAACCUAGUAACAUGAAAAGAAAAUCUUAAUUGAAAUCUGGCUUGAUAGAAAUACAGUGCACAAUGUUAAUACCACAUUCAUUGAGGGUAGAAAUGCUCGGUCACCCUGUGUGUCUAAAGUCACCAGGGCUCAUGUGUUUACUAAAGUGCCUCAAAUGUCUUCAGGACCACAUGCUAACUCUACACAGGGACAGAAAAGGGCUGAGCUGAACUGCACAUUUACAAAUGCAAGUAAUGAGCUAUAGCACUUUACAGUAAUUACAAUGGCACUUUCAUACAUCCCAAGAGUUGACCAGAGAGUAAAGUGUUAACCGUGUGCUAGAAAACUCUUCACUGAAACAAGCUGCAGAAGCUUUCUACCCUGCAGCCCCCAUGUGUCUGGGGAAGAAGAGGCUAUGCGGGGUGGAUGGCAACACGCUUCUUUUCGUCCUUCCUCUCUACACCCACCAUGUGACAUUCUGGAGUGUAAGGCACUAGAACCUGGCUUGGAGAAAAGAGUUGCUCCAACUCCAGUUCUUGGUGUGCAAAGGAAAUCCUGGCUUAGAUCUUCUGAAACAGAUGCUAAAAAUAUCCUCCCCACCUCUUGUAAUUUCUGUCCUUGAGAGACAGAAAAAUGAGAAGGCAGAAGAAGGUUUGCAAAAGAUAAAAAUAUAUCAUGAGAAGCUAGCCCAUGAAGAAAUGUGUAAUUCUCCAAGGGCUGCAGACACUCUGCUCAGAAAAGUCAAGAAUCAUAUUAUACAAGGAACAACUCUGGUGUUUAAUGGACAAAGGUAAAGACAUACAAAAAUACUCAGUCCUCUUGAAAAAUAGUGCAUUUGUAGUGAUGAUGGACUGCAAAUGGGAGCCCCAUAGGGACAAUGAAGGAGCCUUACAACUCAGCACCUUGAAGUGGAGGCCAAGAGUGGGGGUGGUGGUGUGGGGGCAGGCGCUGACAGGCAGAUCCAUAGCUCAUUCAUGAGUUACUGCACAACGUGGUUAAUGCCUAUAACAUCUUAUUUCAUCUAUAGUUUCUUCCACUCAAGUGUGCUGCUCCUGAAUCCAUGUGCCUGCAAAUGACAUGUGUGAGGUGAAAAUUCUUUACUCAGGAGAAUUUUCCCUAUAUCUUGUUGAUAAAAUGCUGCUUAUAUCAAGGUUUGUGAGGAGGAGGGUGUGCAGAAAUAAAAUGAAAA